UUUCCUUAAUUCGACAGUGUUCGGACUCUUCACGCACGCCUCUCCUCCUCCAAACUCUUCCUCUCCGCAGACCCUCUUAGCUGCCUCCCCUGCUUGUUCGCUACCAAAUAUGCAUUCCUCUCACCUGCUUCUUGAGGAACCCAUCAGGAUGGCCUCCAUUCUGGAGCCAUCCAAAGCUAGUUUCUUUCCUGCAAUGACAAAAAUUGUCGGCACACUGGGUCCUAAAUCUCGAUCAGUAGAUGCUAUUUCUGGCUGUCUCAAAGCUGGAAUGUCUGUGGCUCGUUUCGACUUUUCUUGGGGUGACGCGGAAUACCACCAGGAAACGCUGGAGAAUUUGAAGGCUGCCAUCAAGAGUACUAAGAAGCUUUGUGCCGUUAUGCUGGACACGGUGGGUGCAGAGAUGCAGGUUGUAAACAAGACCGAGAAAGCUAUUUCGCUUCAGGCAGAUGGCCUGGUGGUUCUAACCCCAGACCAGGGACAGGAAGCCACUUCAGAGAUUUUGCCUAUUAAUUUUGAUGGACUAGCAAAGGCUGUAAAGAAGGGAGACACCUUAUUUGUUGGUCAAUACUUGUUCACUGGAAGUGAAACAACUUCUGUAUGGCUAGAGGUAUCAGAAGUCAAAGGGCAAGAUGUUGUUUGUGUGAUAAAGAACUCGGCAACAUUGGCUGGGGCAUUGUUUACUCUGCAUGCCUCCCAAGUUCAUAUUGAUUUGCCUACUCUAUCUGAGAAAGACAAGGAGGUUAUAAGCACGUGGGGAGCUAAAAACAAAAUUGAUUUUCUAUCAUUAUCAUACACUCGGCAUGCAGAAGAUGUUCGUGAGGCCCGUGAACUGUUUUCUAAGCUAGGUGAUCUCAGUCAGACCCAAAUUUUUGCAAAGAUUGAAAAUGUUGAGGGCUUGACCCAUUUUGAUGAAAUCCUAAAAGAGGCUGAUGGUAUUAUUCUUUCCCGCGGAAAUUUGGGCAUAGAUCUUCCUCCUGAGAAGGUAUUUCUAUUUCAAAAGUCUGCCCUUUACAAGUGUAACAUGGCUGGGAAGCCUGCUGUUCUUACACGUGUUGUGGAUAGCAUGACCGGCAACUUAAGACCAACUCGAGCAGAAGCCACUGAUGUUGCCAAUGCCGUUUUAGAUGGAAGUGAUGCAAUACUUCUGGGUGCUGAGACUUUGCGUGGUCUAUACCCUGUUGAGACCAUUUCUACUGUUGGAAAGAUUUGUGCUGAGGCUGAGAAAGUUUUCAAUCAAGACCUAUAUUUUAAGAAGACUGUCAAAUUUGUUGGAGAACCGAUGACCCACUUGGAAUCUAUUGCAUCCUCUGCGGUACGGGCUGCUAUUAAGGUGAAGGCCUCUGUCAUCAUUUGCUUCACUUCAUCCGGAAGGGCUGCAAGAUUGAUUGCGAAAUAUAGGCCAACAAUGCCAGUUCUCUCUGUUGUGAUCCCCCGACUCAAGACCAAUCAGCUUAAGUGGAGCUUUAGUGGAGCUUUUGAGGCAAGGCAAUCCCUUAUAGUAAGGGGUCUCUUUCCCAUGCUUGCUGAUCCUCGACAUCCUGCGGAGUCAACAAGUGCAACAAACGAAUCUAUUCUUAAAAUUGCUCUUGAUCAUGGAAAAGCAGCAGGAGUUAUAAAGUCACAUGAUCGAGUGGUUGUUUGCCAGAAAGUUGGUGAUGCAUCUGUGGUUAAGAUUAUCGAGCUUGAAGAUUAAAAUUGCAUUUUUCCAGAACAGUUUUAGGUUUUCCUUUAUUGCUCAAUUCCCAUAAUUUUGAAAGCAGGCAGAUCAUUCUGCUGGCACUAGAGGUUAUUUUCCUCUGGGUUUGGUAGCUAGAUAUACAUUUUGUGCAUGGGAAAGGAAUGUGAAUGCAGUUGUUACUGGCUGUCAAACUUAAAUUAUCAGAGGAACAUGCUUGCCAAUUUUUUCCCAUUAAAUUAUGAUAUAGUCGCUCAAUGAA